AUGGCCUUAAACAUUAUGUGUCUUGUUCCUUCUUGUCUCUGGACUGGUAUUAUCAGUUACACAUGUACCGUGUAUAACAGUCAUAUUGAUUCAGCCUCACUUUACAGUAAUGGGGCGGGUAUCAUUGCCGCAAUCGCUUUUUUCAUCUCAGUCUUCAUCACAGCAUAUCUUCGAUUGAAAUACCCACGUUUAUUUGUGCCGUCAUUGCAAGCUUUCAUCAUCCCGUUCUUUGGUCUAACAAAAGGAAUCUAUAACACUAAAUUCAACAUCAUGAGUAUUCUUGGAAUCUUCUAUCCUGUAAUCAUUGGUGGAUCAAUCGCUCUGGCUGUCAAUUUAGUGCUCUGGCCAGAAACUGCCGCUAAACGAUCGGAAAAUGCCUUGGGUAGCGCUAUAUCAUCCAUUGAAAACGUAUUAGAGUUUAUUAAAACUGAUGUCUUGAAAGAAUGCGAAAUAUCAUUUAGCGAUCUCUCGGUAUCUCAAAAAUUACGUCAGAUCAUCAAAACUUUGGAUGGCGAUAUAUCCAAAAUGCAAACUUCACGACGAGAAGCAAAAUACGAAAUCGUAAUUUCUCACUAUUGUCCAACCUGGUACAAAUCUUUAGCUCGAAUUAUGGAAGGAUUAUCGAAAAAUCUCUAUGGAUUCUCUCUUGCCGUCGAACGUGAAGGUCACAUUGUUUCCCGUCAAGCCUCCGAACCACAGACCCCAUCUUCACAAGAUUUAGAAAAACAAGAUUUAACUGUUAUCGAAGGGGAAGUCGACAUGGUUGCUUUAGCUAAAGCGGUCAAGGUGGAUGGUACAGUCUCAAGAAUUGAAUACAAAUUAAUAUCUAGACUUCAAUCAUCCGUACAACCCGAGAUUAAAGUAUUCAUCCAAAUUUGUAUUUCCGUCAUUCGCUGUAUUCGCCAUCGUCUGCAAGAUAACAGUGCCAUAACCAAGGAAAAAAAUUAUACCCAUGUUUGCUCACACCAUACCCACCAACAUGAUUUAACCGUUGGAUUAGAGAGUUUAAAACAAGCAAAAAUCAUUCUGCAAAAAGAAUACGAACAGCGUAGAGCAGAGCCUCAAGAAGAUCAUUUUUUAAUUUACACCAUCCUAUUUUCCUUGACUCAAUUCGGUGAUAAACUCUUACUGCUUGAAGAUGAGGCUGAUAAACUCAUCAAGAGAAAACAGUAUUUCGGCAAAUUCCCUCGUGUCUUCUUUCCUCGCGUCAAUAUUUUAAAAUGGCUUGGUGAAGCUGGUGAAAAUGCAAAGGGUGAAAGAAAUCCCGCCGAACAAGUCAUUUUCGACCAACAUCAUUUGUUACAAAGGCAGGAUUCAGUCAGUACCUUUUCUCGGGUAAUCAAUGACGAAGAGAGAGGAAGCGGUUCUAUCCAAAAGAGAGCAUCCGUCGAAAGUGAUUGGACAGAGGACGGAGAUCAGGAGACAACACCUUUGCAGAACGCUCCCGGAUCGCAUGCAUGGAACAAAUGGCUAUAUUACUUUCAUGAAUGGUUGCAAACAGACCCUGUACGCUAUGCCAUGAAAUUCACAAUUACCAUGACAAUCAUAGCCCUGAUGGCAUGGCUUCCUAUACCCGGUGUUAAUCAGUUGUACAAUGAAAAUCACGGCCAAUGGGCUCUACUAUCUGCCAUGGUUGUUUUUAACUUUACAGUCGGAUCAACAGCUUUGCAAUGCUUUUUCCGUGUCUUUGCUACAGUGAUUGGUGCCGUUGCAGGCUAUAUUUGUAUAUUGGUUUCGAACCGAAAUGAACGUCCCUAUGCUUUGGCUCUAAUGACCAUAUUGUUUCAAGUUCCCAUGUGGUACGGCCUACUUGGAUCAAAAUAUCCUCGAAUCGGCUUUAUUUCUCUUUUGACUUUGGCCGUCAUCAACUCUACCAACUACAGUGAUAAUGUGUAUGCCGAAUCAUUGUUUGCACCUGUCUGGAAGAGAGCUCUUACCGCAUUACUUGCCAUUUUGGUAGUUCUCAUUGUGGAUCAACUCGCGUGGCCCGUUUGGGCUCGAAAUGAUGUUCGAAUUCAUUUGUCCGACCUGCUCAUUAAUACUGGUAUUCAAUUUUCUAGGGUCGCUUCUCUUGUCUGUCAAGAAAACACGCUGUCGCACCACUACAAUUCUGUAUUGAAGGAGGCGCAAAGUAACACGGCGCUUUUGAAAAGACAGCACGAGUUGGCAUGUCAAAUGUUGGCUCUAGCAGAAAUGGAGCCUCGUAUCACAAAAGGGGCUUUUCCUAUUGAGACUUAUCGUGGAAUAUUGCAACAUGAGCAGCAAAUGUUGUACUGGAUCGAACAUUUAUUAGUGACACAGGGUUUUAUCUCAAAGGAUGUUCGUAGACAGAUUAUGAACCCAAUGAACGCUUACCGAAAAGAAUUGGCAGCGUCCGUUCACGUUUACCUCUUUACUUUGGCUUGCUCUCUUCGUACAAAAUCAGCUUUACCCGCAUCUCUUCCAUCGGCUGAAAUCGCAAGAAAACUCUUACAACAACGUCAAGCUAUCCUUUGGCACAAACAUUAUGAUGAACUUUGCAUUUUACCCCCUGGUGGACAAGGCUCAUCAAGAGAUUCCUUUAAUUUAGAAGAGGAAUCGGAUAAAAGAAAAGAAGAGCGUAGUGCAGAGAAUCAAAUCUAUUGGCAAACUUACGCAGCAGGUUCUGUUGAAGUGAUCGUGGAGCAAGAGGCAAUGGGUGCUUUAGUGGCUAAAUUAAUGGGUCAGCAUGUAUUCAAGGCGGCCACUAAGGACUGGAUUGUAUAA